AUGGAGAGCAAAGACGGCGGAGCGACACGGGCGGACGAUGUGUAUACAACGCCCCAGAAGAAAGGCGGCGUUAUGAAUAAGCUCUAUCCGCCAGGACCCACGCCAGGCGCUAAAGGGCAUUGCCUGGUCCUGGUGAUCAUUGUGUUGGUCAUCGUUCUGCCAAUCAUAUUUGUUGGCAUACCAAAUAAGGCACAGCACGAGAUCAACUCCUCUACACUCGAAGUUACUGCUCAGGAAGUUACCAACCCGCAGCAGAACGGUGUCCACCUGAAGAUUGAUACAGUCAUCAGGAGUGGCAGCAGUUAUCACCCUAAGAUUGAUAGCUUCAAAGCAGGACUAUCGCUACCAGGACAAGACCCUUUCAUCUACAUCACCAUACCUGAAGCGAAGUCUGAGGCAGAGACCCGCGUCACUGUCGACCAAGAUGUCAUUUUCGCGAGUGAUGUCGAGUUCUCCAGUUAUACCAAGGCUGUGCUUGACAGCGAGACACUCCAAAUUCACCUUGACGGCAAGACCAACAUUCACCUCUCUGGCCUGCCUACCAUGGACGUCGAUUACAACAAAGUCAUUACGAUGAAGGGACUAAACAAGCUCUCUGGACUCAACAUCAGCGACGUGCGCAUUCUCUCUGGCACAGACGAGAUCCUUUCCGAUGGCUCCAACCUCAUAGCCAACGUCAGCAUUCCCAACCCCUCUGUCAUGACCCUCGACCUAGGCAACAUCACCAUGAACCUAGCCGUCGACGGCACCGCGAUUGGCUACGCACUCAUUCCAGACCUUUACCUCAAGCCCGGCGACAACGUAUUCCCUUUGCAAAGCCACGUCGACCAGCUCGCUAUCUUGGGCCUGAUUCAGAACAAGUACAAUGAUGCUGUGCUGCCGCUUGAGAUUGUGGGUAACUCGAGUAUCAAGGAUGGUCAGCACUUGACCUACUACGAAGAUGCGAUCAAGAGCAAUACGAUCAACCUGAAUCUCGAUGUCGGACCGGCAUUGGCUGAUAUUGGGAUCAACAUCACCAGCUUUGGAGGCUCAUAG